AUGUCGGAAGACGACCGAACGCUUCUAGAGAGCACUCCAUAUGGUUCGGACGACCAAGACGGUGUCGUUGCUCGACCAGCGCUGCGACGGAUUCAGGUCACUGACCUUCGCUGUACGGCCCCCUCGUCUCAUCGAUACUUCCUGAGACUGCAAGCCGGCGGCGAAGCGUUGGAUACACAGCCCAUCUCGAAGAGCAAGAGUCUGCGAUGGAGCGGCCCGUUCACGUUACCUGGACCCGGAACGACGCCGCUGUUCAUCCAGCUCUGGAGAUGUCGCUGGAGACUGGGACCAUUCUACAAACGUCCCGAUGAACUUAUUGGACAAACAACGGUCCAACUAUCGAGCUUUGCUCAAGACACUCCGAUCAGUGAAACCCUUGUCUACGCAAAGAAUUCGGAUCAGAAGACAGGCUCCAUAACGUUUUCGUAUGCCGAUGCAGACGUCGUUGUCACCUCAGAAGGCCUAUUCAAGCAGAACGGGAAGGCCACCCAAGCUGCCGAACUAGCGACACAACUGGUGGACGCAAUGCGCGCCCCAUCUCCGGCGGCCAUCGACCUGGCGUCCAAGGUGCCGCUCAUAGCAAACAUCGCAGGGACCGUAGACGAUGACGUGGACGUGUGGACCCCCCUACUCGACAAGCUGCAGGUUUUUGUCCAGAUAUCUGACGCCGUUGCGUCUAUCCAUCCUUACGCAAGCAUGGCCAUGACCAUUUUCAACACUAUCCCGAAGGCCAUGAUAGCCCAAAAGAAGCUAGACGAUGGUGUUCGAGGCCUCGUUAACAACAUGAAUAAUGCUCUGGGGCUGAUGCAAACCUCUGGCCCUCUUGUCGAAACUGAGGCUCGGUGCAAUAUCGCCAAAGCUAUAGCUUCUCAGAUCAUUGAAUGUGGUUUCUUUAUUGAGAAUUAUGCGAGAACCAGGGGCUUUACUUCUCGACUGUUUGAGAACAUACCGAAGGAUACCAAGGAGAAGGUCGACGCCUACAAUCAAUCGUUCCAGAAGCUGGUCGAUGCAUUUCAGAAUCAGACCAUCGUCGACACGAACAUCGUCACAAGCAAUGUCUUUCAGAAGAUGUCAAUCAUUGAAUCUAACUUCAUUCUGCACGAAAUGUUGUAUGGCGACGGAGCGACAUACGAUUCAGGAAAGGCGUGUCUUAUGGGAACGCGAACGAUCAUCAUACAGCAGAUCUGCGAAUGGGCGAUAUCGUAUCGCGUACCGGAUUCUAAGCGCGUCCUGUGGUUGUCGGGUAUCGCUGGAGCCGGCAAAUCCGCGGUUGCCCACUCCAUCGCCAUGCUCUUCGACGAGAUGCCUCCGGGACGCCUUGGAUGUUUCUACGGCUUCAGCAGCUCUGAUAGGAGACGAAGUAUCGACAAACUCUUCCCCACCAUUGCACGUAACAUAGCCGAUAUGUAUCCCAAGUGGAAGGACGCUCUUCAGGAGGUGGUCAAGGACAGCCGCAGUCUACGCACAACAGACUCGCUUGAGCGACAGUUCAAGUCCUUCCUUCUCCAACCUGCUGCCCAACUGGGGGACAGCGCUUCUGGGCCUAUUCUAGUCGUCAUCGACGCACUCGAUGAAUGCGGGAGCGAAGGGGAACGGGGAGAGUUAUUGGAAUUUCUGGCUCGUCUUGAUGAACUUCCGGAGAACUUCCGCUUCCUCAUCACCUCGAGACCAGAGCCCGACAUCUGCGAGGCGCUCACCAAUGCCUCCACCGUCCAACACAUGGACAUCUCCUCGCAGGACGGGGCCGUAGUCGGUGAAGACCUUGCUCGCUUUGUCGACCAUCAACUGUCCAACAUCGAACGAUCACGGCCAGCGUUACGACGGGACAGCCGAUGGGAUCGACCGCGAAUGGUGAAGGUCCUUGUCGAACAGUCGGAUGGAUCUUUUCUGUGGGCGUCCACGUCCUGUAGGUUUAUCCAAGGCGAGGACGAAUCAAAGGAAUACGACUGGUAUGACCGGUUGAACGCUAUCGUUUCCUCUACUUCCCAAACGCAUGACAACUCGCCGCAAUAUCAGCAUCUCGAUUCGCUUUAUGGUGCGGUCUUGAGCCGUUUGUUCCCGUUGAAGCAAGGCAUGACCGCUUCGCGUCGGUUUUCCCGUAUUUUGGGACGCCUACUUGCCUUUCGUGAGCCACUUUCACUGUCUGCGUUUGACGAACUACGCGGGGACGACGAGGACCCAGGUUGGGCGCCUAUGAUCCUCGGCAGCAUGGGGUCGUUGCUCUACGGAGUAACGCAGAUAGACUCACUUAUCCGUCCCCUUCACAGCUCCUUUCGAGAAUUCCUACUCGAUCCGCAACGGAGCGGGAAUUAUCAUGUCGACCUCACCUCCUCCAAUGCCGUCAUCGCGCACUCAUCCAUGCGCACUAUGAACAACUCCCUUUCGUUCAAUAUGUGCAAGCUCGAUACGUCCUACCUUCUCAAUACGGACUAUCCGGACAUGGCUGAAAGGAUACAGAGAGGGAUUUCGCCAGCGAUGAUAUAUUCAUCUCGUCACUGGGCUGCUCAUCUUCGCAACGCGGUGUUGUCGCCCUCGCUGAUGGUAUUGAUCGAUCGAUUUCUGCGGGAGAAGGCUCUUUUUUGGCUGGAGGCAUUGAGCGUUCUCGGUUCUAUUUCGCUUGCGGUGCCGGCGCUUUCGACCUUGUUCUGCAUUCUCCCAACUGAAUGGCGUGUGGAAAACGAUCGCGGCCGGUUGAUCGAGGACCUGCAAUGCUUCACACGUUGUUUCGCCCAUGCAAUAUCGAAUUCAGCGCCCCAUAUCUACAUAUCCGCGCUUCCGUUCUCGCCGACAAGCUCUGUCCUUGCUUCUCUCUACCAGCAGCUCUUCCGGAGAACAUUUCGCAUAUCGCGGGGACGGGACCGAGACUGGUUGGCGGUGCAAUCGAUCUUAAAAGGACACUUGAAGGGCGUCACAUCUAUUGCUUUUACGAAGGACGGCAAGCACCUUGUAUCCGGAUCUGUCGACACCACUAUACGUCUAUGGGAUGCGGAUACCGGUGAGGCCAUUGGAAAACCAUUCACGGGCCACACGAAGGAGGUCACGUCUCUCGCCUUCUCACCCGAUGGAAGAUUCGUUGUAUCAGGGUCGGAGGAUCGGACGCUGCGAAUAUGGGAUCCCGCAAAUGGUCAGGAGUUUAUUAAACCAUGGAGGUGGUCCCGCGGCACCCCGACUAUCUGUCCGGAUGGCACGCACGUCUUCUGGUACUCUCCCGGCCUCCCUGGCAAAAUUAGCUUGUGGAACCUCGCGGCCGGACCUGUUGGAAAUCCUUUGAUAGAGGAUCUCCAACGUAGGCCAGCCGUCGCCGUCAGUCCUUCCGGUAAACGGGUCGUCCUGGAAACUUGGAAUGCGCUCAAGCUGCUGUGGAUCCCUGACACAGGAUGUACCGUCGAGCAAGCGUUUCAGGGGGAUCUCAGCGAAUUGAUCGAUGACCCUCAUCAAGUCGUGGUGGGUAGAUUCAGGUGCAUUACCUUCUCGCCGGACGAAACGCAGAUCGCCACAGGAUUUUUCAAUGGGAUGGUUCAGCUGUGGGACGCAGAGACAGGGCGACCUCAUGGUAGACCUCUCAAACAUGGCGUCAUGAGACUGCUUAGCACCAUUGCAUUCUCUCCCGACGGAGCGUAUCUCGUCACUGGAUGCUUAGAUGGAAUGAUUCAAUUAUGGGAUUUGGCGUCCAGAACGGCCAUCGGUGCUCCACUUUAUGGGCACGGUGAUUGGAUCACUGCCCUCGUAUUCUCCCCCGAUGGCAACCGCAUUGCGUCUGCCUCUCACGACCGGACUGUGCGACUGUGGGAUGCCGAGGCCGUUCGUCGAGCACCGUCUGGAAGCUUAGACACCCACGUCACCUCCUCGAUAUCCAUUUCUCCUGACGGGACACGCAUAGUCUCAGGAUCCUUGGAUGGUAGAGUGCGAUUGUGGGAUGCGAGAAGCGGACAGGCUUUUGCUGAACCAUUUCAUGCUCAUAGUGACAGCGUCACAUCUGUCGCUUAUUCCAGGGACGGAAGGCAAGUAGUCGCAGGGUAUUUCGAUGGGACAAUGCGAGUUCUGGAUGCUGCGACUGGGAUCGCGCUGAAACGUCUUCCCCCUUCUCUUGCCCCUCGACGUUCCCGGCCACGUCCGAGGCAACGAGGCCAAUCAUCUGCCAUCAAGGAAUGGAUCUCCCCACGCGAUCGCAUCGAUCCAGAGAUAGGGCACACCGACUCCAUCACGUCUGCAAUUUUUUCGUCAGACGGAAAACGCAUAUUUUCAGCUUCAAGGGACACUACGUUACGAAUUUGGGACGUGGAAUCAGGAGAAGUCGUUGGUAGGCCCUUGAAGGGUCACGAUGCGGCCGUUACCUGCGUUGCAAUCUCUCCAGACGGAAUGCGUCUCAUAUCCGGCUCCGACGACAAAAAGGUUAGGAUGUGGAAUGCGACCAACGGCGACCCCGUAGGGUUGCAGUUGUGGGGUCAUGAGGCGUCCGUCACGGCUCUGGCGUUCUCUCCAGACGGGGUGCGCUUCGUCUCGGGGUCAAAGGACUCUAAGAUCUUGCUGUGGGACGCAAAGACGCACCAAAUCAUCGGUGAUCCCAUUGAAGGGCACGAUCAACCUAUCCACUCCAUUGCUUUCUCGCCCGAUGGGAUGAUCAUCGCUUCAGGUUCAUCUGAUUGCACGCUUCGGAUGUGGGACUCGCGGACGGGUCAAGCGGUUGGCAAGCCGUACUCACAUCCAAGACCGGUCACGUCCGUGUGUUUCUCGCCUGACGGCAAACGGAUUGUCUGUGGUUCUGGGGACCACAUUCUACGAGUAUGGGACGUCAAGCCUCAUCGCCUAUCGUUACAUGCAACGUCCGUGGCUCCGUCCGUUGGCCUAUCUUCAGCACACUCCGUGCACAUACAAGGCAAUGAAUCUGAUCUUACUGCGCCUCCCGCAGCAGGCAUUGCACCAGAGGUCGCUACAAGCAAAGCGGCGGAUCUGCACGGGGCACCAUCAUCCUCGUCAAGAGCCCUCGCCAUCUCCGAGAUCGCAGAACACGCAUUACGCGACGUCGAACUCCUCAUUCCAGACGCCGAUCGGCUUUCGCAGCUCGAGCUCGAUGCAUCUUUGAGGCUCACAGAAGAUGGCUGGGUUGUCGGACAGGGUGGCAAACGCCUGAUGUGGAUUCCUCACCAGCACCGCGAACGGAUCAUAGUACACCCCCGGAGACUUCUCCUUCCAGCUGAGAACAUGACCACCUUCGACCUGUCCGAUGGCGCUCAUGGACCCCGCUGGCACGAAUGUUAUACGCCUCCAGUAGACUCCCAGUAG